ACUAGAAGCAGCUCAUUUUGCUCUGUAACUCCCCCUUUUCAGCACCAUACUCAUUCUUCUUUCAUUUCCAAUAUACUAUUUGUUGCGGUGAAUUUAACUGUAGUUCACCAUGCUAGAAGGCAAGGCAGUGAUUGGUGAGACAGACAUGCUUCAAAACAUGCAGCAAGAUGCCCUGAAUUUAGCAUCAAAAGCAUUGGAUUUCUUCGAUGUCACUGAGGCCAUUGACAUAGCCCGGUUUAUCAAGAAGGAAUUUGAUAGACUGUAUGGACCUGGUUGGCAAUGCAUUGUAGGUACUGAUUUUGGUUCAUUUGUGACACAUUGCUGUGGCUGCUUUAUCCAUUUCUGUAUAGGCAGCUUGGCCAUUUUGCUCUUCAGGGGUUCCGCUGCUCCAGAGGCACAGGAACAUCAGUUCUCAACAUUAGCAGCAGCUAAGGCAUAACAUUCAUUUCCUUGUACAUAUUUAUCUAUUCCUUUCCGAUGUAAUUAAGGUGAUGAAGAUCUU